CGUUUGUUGUUUUUGAAGUUGGUUGUUCUCAAUUGAAUUGUCAAUUUUUUAAAAGAAGUAUAGAGAUAUUUAAGCAUGGUCGUGUGCCGCUUCUUCCAGCAAGGGUCUUGUCGCUAUGGGACAAAAUGCCACAAUGAGCACUUUGAUGUCAAGCAAUAUCUCAAGGCCGACAUGGAAUCCAGCUUGAAUGGCAAGAUGUGGCCUUUCUCUGCGUACGGACCCUUCAAGGACAAGGCUAAUUUUCCCAACUUCAUCGAUGAUCAGUCCUUCGAGGAGGUCCGAUUCCUGUGCUAUGAGGCCAAGCGGCAGAACCAAUUUGACCAAUUCGCGCAGCAGUUCAACCGUGAGGUCCUGGAGGCAACCAAUAAGAUGAAGACCAUGCUGCAAAUGUCGCCGCAGGUUCUGGAAAUGAUGAUCAAAAUCCAUGAGACGCCGGAGGGCGGAAAUGUGUCGGCAGCUCCCCAGCAGCCCAAUAAUCCCUUUGCUACAGCUGCUCCGGCGUCUAACCAGUCUGCGUCCAUCUUUGCCAAGCCCACGUUGAGUGCUGGGAACAUCUUCGGUAAUGCCACAAGCCAAGUAAACAACUCCAGCAGUAUUUUUGGAGGUUCCAUGGGUAAUGCGAGUCAAGGGAACAGCAUUUUUGGCGGAGGCGGGGCAACAAGUGUCUUUGGCCAGCCCCAGCAGCAGCCACAACAGCCGGCCGCCCAAGCCUUCCAAGGAGGUAACAUUUUCGGCCAACAACAGGUCCAGGCGCAAGCUCAGCCAGUGAAUCCCAAUCCUUUCGGAGGCUUCCAACAGCCACAGCAACAACAGACAUUGGGGAUCUUUGGCCAAGUGGCUAACCCCAAUACUGGAGGAAUCUUUGCUCAGGCGGCACAACAGCAGCAGCAACCCCCUUCCGGGUUAUUUGCUCAGGCAGCAGCCACCGGCUUCCCAAAUCAACAGCAACAGAUGCAGCAACAACAAAUGCAGCAGCAACAAAUGCAACAGCAACAAAUUCAACAACAGCAGCAGCAGCAAUUGCAAAUGCAACAACAACAACAGCAGCAGCAGCAGCAAUUGCAAAUGCAACCGCAACAGCAAAUUUUGCAACAGCAGCAACAAGUCCAAAUAACCAACGAAGUUCAUUCCCCUGUUUACAGUCGAAUGGAAGAUCUCAACGAACAGGAAAUCGAUGCGUUCAAGGCGGAUCAGUUCCUACAAGGUGCCUUGCCCUUCAAACCACCGCCUAGGGAACUUUGCUGAGCCAAAACUAGAGUAUAUUGUAUAUAAGCCUACUUAGAGUCGAUAUAACUUAAGUGCAUCUAAUAAACUAAUGCAUCAUCA